AUGGUCAAGCCGCUCUGGGGCCUGCUCACCGACGUGCUCCCCGUCGCCGGAUACCGCCGCCGGCCCUACUUUAUUCUUGCAGGUCUUAUUGGAUUCUCAAUAAGUGGUUUUGUCGUUCAUGCAAUAGGGGCUCAAGGUGCCCUUGGACUGUUAACCAUACCCUCUGCCUUGGUAAUUUUAUCCGGAACACUGCUGAAGGAGGUUCAUAUCCCCAACUUUCCAUACGGGCAGGCCCAUAAGAAGUUUGUAGAAGCAAGUGGAAAAAUGUUGACAGCUUUGAAAUGUCCUGGAGUCUGGCGACCAUGUGUUUACAUGUACGUAUCACUUGCAUUGAGUGUCGACAUCCAAGAAGGAAUGUUCUUCUGGUACACAGACCGAAGUGCAGGGCUAUCUUUUCAUGAGGGAUUUAUUGGCUUUAUGUUCGCUAUUGGAUCAGUUGGUUCUCUUGUGGGUGUUAUACUUUAUCAAAAUAUUCUUAAGGACCAUUCCUUUCGCAGCCUUCUUUUUUCGAGCCAGCUGUUGCUAAGCCUGGCAGGAAUGCUUGAUCUGAUCUUGGUGCUUCGACUAAACCUUAAAAUGGGGAUACCAGAUUUCUACUUUGCGGUGAUUGAUGAGGGGGUCUCCAAAAUGAUCAACCGUAUCAAAUGGAUGCCUCUUCUGGUGCUUUAG